AUGGCAACCUACUGUCCACAACUAAUGCCAAGAAAUCCAACGACAAACACAAACCAAAUAAAAAAACAUCAUGGUAGUGACAAGUUGAAUACACUUUUCACUGUGGCAACAUGGAACGUUAGAACGUUGUACCAAACUGGAAAAUUUGAAAAUGUAAAACAAGAAAUGAAAAGAAUGAAUCUCAGCAUUAUUUUCACGAUGUCUCUGCCGUUCUCAAAAGGAAAAAUAAAAGUUUUCAUUUCAUCUGUAUGCUUGGAUAAAGAGAUACACCUUCAACAACAGCGUGUGGUGCAGUGCCUAGAAGCCCGCCAGAUACCUCACACUGUGGCCGACCUAGCCACGGACAACUACAGCAAGAGGGAGUUGAGGAUGCUGAUGUUGGGAAAACCCAAACCACCUCCACAGAUUUUUAACGGAAAUACCCAUUGCGGAGAUUACCAAGCUUUCAAUGUAGCCCUUGAAGAUGAAAUGCUGGAGGAAUUCUUGCAACUUUCAGAUGGAAAGAAAAAGAAAAAGGAGGAAGGAAAAGAAUGUAAGACAGACGACAAAAUUGACAAAAAAACAGAAAACAAGGAGAACAAAGCCAAAGAAAAAUCAGAUGAAAAACAAAUAAAAAACUCUGUGAAUGAUACAGAGGAAAAUAAAAACAUAAAAGUAGCGCCAGCGGUUAGCGACAAAAACGUCGAAGAAAAAAUAUUCAAAAAUGCAAGAAAGAAAGAAGGCAGUUCUGGUGAUGAUGAUAGUAGUGAGACAUCUGACAGCUCUGACGGUGAUGAUGAUGAGGAUGAUGAUUCAAGCAGCGACUCAACGAAAAAAUCAGGUGACAACGACGAUGACGAUGACAAAAAAUCUGUAGAUAAAACGAAAGAUAAAACUUUUCAAAAGAACUCAAACGUUGAAAAUAAAAAGGAUAAAGACCCUGUCAGCAAACUAACUUCAGAUAUCAAAAAUAAAAUAAUCCAGAAAGAAGAUGACAAUUCAACUAGUAAAAUAAAUGAAAGUAAAUCAGAAACUGCAAAAAACAAUCAGAAAAAAAAAAAAAUGUCGAAUUUACGUGGGAACAAAAUUGGUCAAGAGAAUGUAAAAAAUGUAGAAAAAACUGAGAACUCUGAUGAAAGUAGUAAAGAAUGCAAAAGUUCUGACUCCUCCUCGUCGUCGUCGUCGUCGGAUUCAAGCGACGAUUCAUCAGAAUCAUCGGAAGAAGAAAGUGAUGAACAUUCGAACGAAAAACUAAUUGAAAAAAAUUGCCCGAAGAUGGAAAACAAAAAAGGGGAAAACGCGUCUGCUAAGCUUAUCUCUGAUAGCAUAUCGGCCAAAAAUAAUGAUGAAAAGGUUAGAUCGAAAGAAGAUAAAGUUGUAGAAAUUAAACAAGAUAAAAAUCAAACCAAAAAAUUAAAUGAAAAGGAAAUCAUUAACCUUAAAAGCACCGCAAACAAAGCUAAAGAUGUUGAGAAAAAAGAAACAAAACAAAGUAGCUCUGAUGAAAGUAGUGAGACGUCUGAUAGUUCAGAUGAUUCAAGUGAUUAUUCGUCCGAAGAGAGUGAUUCCGAUAAAAAAUCUGAAGACAAAACUUUAGCCGGAAAAUCAAAAACAGAUUGCAAGAAAGAAACUAUUGCUGCUACUACUACUACUGCUGCUGCUGCUGCUUCUACUGCUGCUGCUGAUAAACACAAAUUAAAAAGUGAAGACAAAAAAGAGCAGUUGGAGAAAAACAAUCUUGAACUGACGAAGGAUAAAAAAGAAAUUUCUAGAAAAACAGAAAUCGCGCCGAAACCGACGUUAAGGAUUGACGAUGGAAAAAUCAUCCCGAGAGCCGACCGACCAUCUUACACGAGAGCUUCAGCAGCUAACAAAACAAUGCUCGACAAAGAAAAAACAAACGAUAAAAUAAAGGAGGAUAAAAUUGAAGAAAUGGAUAGAAACACAAUUUCGAAGAACAAAUAUGAGAAACCUUCAAUCUCAAAACAAACAAACGAACUUCAAAAAGAGAAAACAAUUCUACAAGCAAAAUUUUCUCCACAUCCACCACCUCCACCACCGCCUCCACCACCGCCGCCACAACCGCCGACGUUAUUCUCAAUCACGAAAAAUUCAAAAACAACAGGACAACCUAACUCUGCUUCAGGUUCAAAAAGUCAGCUGGAAGAUGAAAUCAAACAGAAAAUGAGUUCUCUCAACAAAAAGCCAACUUCACUAAAUAGAAAAGACCCGAGAACAACGCUAGCUUCAACUCUACCAUCCACAAAAGCAAAACCUUCCCCUCAAACCCCACAGCCAUUUGACCCAUCCAGGCUCCCCCAAAUUUCCACCAAAGAUCUCAUCAGCGGUCGCAUUGCUCUCAAAUCUAAAUACGAUAAAUCGAUACCAAAAACCGCGAAGUUAUCUACUCUAUCAACUGCAAAACCAGGAACAACAAAAAAUAUUUCUUCUCUUUUGAAGAAUGAAACCAAGGGCGAUGCUGCUGAAAGUUGCACAAAAUCUCAGCCUACCUCCGCUGCUCUUAGAGGCAUUUCCAGUUUGAAGAGAGUAUGA